AUGACCGAUAAUCGCCUCUCAAGAACAUGUUAUUUUAAAGGAAAUCAAGUUCCCACGAUUAGUGUAAUUAAGAAAUAUAUGAAGCCAGCUCUUGCCGAUGUGUAUUUCAAGUCUAUGGACCAAAAACUUAAAGUAAUUGCUGGGCUGGCACCUCCCUUAAAAGGUGGUGGUGGCUGCUGGUAUAUACCGCCAAAAGAUCUGCUACAAGGUAGAGCAGUCUUGAAACCAUUAAAUACGGAACAUUUAAAACGAUUAGGUUGGUGUGGCAUUGAUGAAAUUGCAAUGAAAAAAAUGAUUGCUUAUCGUGACCGAAUGAUGUCUGAAACAGAACAAGCAUUGCGCGAUAAAGAUGAACAGUGGGAAAACACCGUGACAAGUGAAUGUAAGGUGCAUUAUCGCAUUUGUACUGAAAAUGAAAGCAAAGCUGUUACAGAAUACCUUACAAAUGCUUUCUCUACUUUUGUUAUUUUGUACAGAACGUCCUUAACAAAGCUUGAGAAAGUUUUGGCAAACGCUGCUAUAAAGAAAAUUGAAGAGACUCGAUCUAAGGCACAUCACGAUAUGCUAAUAAAGUAUGAAGAUUUGUUACAAAAGCAGGCAGCCAAGAUAACCAACAAAUAUAACACUAAACUCUUAGAAGAAAAAGAGAAACUAAAAGUAAAUUUCAUUCAAGACUUGGAAAAAAGUCGUGCGACAUUUUACGAUAAAUUGCAUGAUAUUAAUCUUGAGAAAUAUGUAGCUGUGGAAAAACUCAGACAUUUGCUGGAAUGCCAAAAAAGAGCUUGUCAAGUCUACGUUGCAAUGAAAGAAAGACAAGAGUGUUUAAAGCAAAUAAAUUCCGUCAAACACAAGCACAGCAAAAAGAAAAAGACUUUGAUUAAGAAAAUGCAGACUAAAGUUUUACAUAUACGUCAUGCAGAACAGAAAGAAAUUAAGCAAGCUGAGUUUAUCAGGAUAUGGCAGAAAAAAGUUUGUCACGUCGUGAAAAACUUUCAAAUGUUUAUACUGUACUGUUUAAAGAUGAUGCCAGAACAAGCCGAUUUCUUUAUUAACAUGGAAAAAUUAAUGUUGAUACAACUUAAUGAAUCGCUAGAGUAUCCCAGCGUAGAAAAUAUUUUUGAAUUGGACUUUCCAAGUUUCCAUGCGCCCAUACCAAAUCCUCAUCCUUUUUAUCUUUUCUGCGAGAAAAAUAACAAACCACAUGUACGUAAAGAAUUAUGUUCAAAACGUUGUACAUCGAGUGCAUCACAGUUCCCGGUUAUAGUAAUUAAUAAACACUGUAUAUACGCGAAUUGUGAUAACUUUAAAAAAUUUGCAGACAAAGUACAAGAUGUUGUUGAUGGUAACAUUUUGAGCGACGCCAGUUCUGAAGAUUAUAAUUGUGAUCUUGCUGUGCCUGUAAAAUAUUCAUCAUCUCGACAGUUGCAAGAGUUAAAAUUGGAGAGCUCUAUAAUGCAAGUGUUAGAGCAGGAAAUAGCAAAUAAACAAAAUGUGGAAUUCGCAUGUCCUGUCUGUAACAUCCCUUAUUGUUCCGAAUGUGACCGCAGCGUCCCUCAUUCGCCAACAUCGGUACAGCCAAAAAUUAAAACUGAAAGUUUAGCUUCAUUAGAAACGUUACCUUCUGUUUAUUUGACGCAACAAGAAGAGUUAGCUUACACAAGAGAUUCUAAGUGGGAGAGUUACAUGAAAUUCGUCCAAUCAAAAAAGUGUAAUUGUUCUAAACUAGCGAAAAAGCAUUUACUGGAGCAACUACCAGCAUAUAUGAGAAAAAUGUCAACUUAUGAUGCCCCUGAAUUGCUUAGCUACAAACCAUGUUCUGCUUUAGAACUGAAAACAUUGGUCCAAUUAGCAAAGGGGAAAAAAUAUUCGCGACCAAAGCUAACUGAACCAAAAACGAAAGAAGUAGCAUGUCAAUAUACUGACUUUGAAUAUAAUCAUUUAUGCCGUUGCUUUUCGAAUCAAGAUUUUGAGAAUAUACUGCCUGGGUCACCAGUUUGUAAUAUGCAAGCUAGCUGUACAAUCCAGAGUGGCAGCUAUCCAUUGCCAUUUAUAAGCGAUUCACCUUCCCCCUCAUGCUCAAUAAAAAGUAGCAAAUCUUUUGUUGAGGCUAGAAUUCUCUCUUUACGACGACUGGUUGAAUCGUCUGAAAUUCGAGACAUAUUUAAGAGAACUGAUUGUAAUUUCCAUAAAUAG